AUGGAGGCCACAUCCACCGCCAUGGGUUCAGAACCAGCUUCGCUGCCUUACCCCUUGAUCCCUGCUGUCUGUAUGCGACGGGCUUCUGGAGGUUUUCCCAGAGCGAGCCCUAGCUCUCAUCUCGGCUUGGAGCCUUCCCCCAUGCCCCACCCAGCUCGGCUGAGGUCUUGUCCUCUCGUGACUCCUUGCCGGAGGCCUGCCCCUGGCCUCGAUCUGGUUCUACCUGCCCCGGCUCCCAGAUGGGGCUCUCCACCUUUUCCCCUGCUGGGCAUCACGUCUCCCCUCCCCCCGGGUCCCUUGGAGGUCCAUGACUGCGUGCUGACUCUAAACUUGAGCAUGGCCUUGGUGGUGGAGGGGAUUUGGAGAGGAGGUCACUGUCCCAGCCUCCAGCCAUAG